AUGGUCAUUGGUCUUCUACUGCUCACUGCCAUUCCCACGACAACGGGCGUGGCAUUUGCGACAAGUGAGCAACGCAAAGCGAAUCAACGCCGAGAAGAUGCACGCCGAAUGGCAAAGUUCCAUAUUGACGUGGAAUGCGAUGGCGACACCGAUGACGAUCGCGACGUCCAUGGGCGGAGAUUGGUAGUUCGUAAUGACAAGGUUUAUAUCGACCACCCCAACCCUGCAGAUCGCUCAAUACCGGCCUUCACAGCCCUCGCGUUCUAUAUCGAGUAUCCGGAACUCGAAGAAACGAAACAUCUGGAGCGGGGGCUCGGAUUGCCCACUUAUGUCUCUGCCGACCCACCGUUACUUAAUUGGAUCUAUGCGGAUGUCGAUACGCAUGAGCUAAAGUACGGAAACCGCUCACAAAGUGUCACGCAUAUCGUAGGUCCUUGGGACUGGUCCGAAAACGAACGAGUUCUGACUCUCGAGGAGAGUAACCGAUUUGUGGCCGUCGAAGAGGAGGAAGGAGAAUGGGCACUGUAUUUUGACGGAGAUGAAGAUGACUGCGAGGCUGUGUUGGAGGAGCAGGGGAAGCUGGAUAAAGCAUUUGUGCCGGUAAAAUUGGUUAGGAAGUUGGCUGAGGAACCGCCUCCAGGGCCUCGAUAG